GUUCACUCCACACCCCUUCACUUCACUCUCCAUCUACUGGGCUUCUCUCCUUCACCUCCUCUAUUUCUUGCUUCCCUGCCAUUCUUGCUGCCUGCUGGGCUUCAAUUCUCUUCUCCUCUUCUUAAUUAUCAAUUCCCUUCCAUUCAACUGGGUCGUGGAUAUAUAAUUGCCUUUCUUCCCUCCCUUAUUCCAUUCUUCUCUUCAACCCGGCUACCCCCUUUUUAAUUCCUCUAAUUCUCUUAUUCCCCACUUCACCUGAAUCACAAUGGCUCCCCCCACGGCUUUGGAACAGGAGAACCAUGUGCGCGACGCGGAGUUCAACCGCGCCCUGCACGGAAAGUCCGCCCAGGCGCAGGGUGGUAUCGCUGCCAUGCGUGGCAAGGAUGCCGCUGCCCAGAAGGCCGCUCUCGACGAGUACUUCAAGCACUGGGACAACAAGAGCGCCGAGGACGAGACGGAGGAGAUUCGCGCGGCCCGCCGAGCGGAGUACGCGACUCUGACCCGACACUACUACAACCUUGCCACCGAUUUUUAUGAGUAUGGCUGGGGCUCUUCCUUCCACUUCUGCCGCUUCGCUCCUGGCGAGCCCUUCCGUCAGGCGAUCGCUCGUCACGAACACUACCUGGCCCACACCAUGGGCAUCAAGGCCAACAUGAAGGUUCUGGAUGUGGGCUGUGGUGUCGGCGGUCCUGCCCGCGAGAUCGUCAAGUUCUCCGAUGCCAACGUCACCGGUCUCAACAACAACGACUACCAGAUUGAGCGCGCGACCCGUUACGCUGAGCGUGAGGGAUUGAGCCACAAGCUGAAUUUUGUGAAGGGUGACUUCAUGCAGAUGAAGUUUGAGGACAACACAUUCGACGCCGUCUACGCCAUUGAGGCGACGUGCCACGCGCCCGAGCUGGUGGGUGUGUACAGCGAGAUCUUCCGCGUGCUCAAGCCCGGUGGUGUGUUUGGUGUGUACGAGUGGCUGAUGACGGAGGCGUAUGAUAAUGAUAAUGCUGAGCACCGCAAGAUCCGUCUCGGUAUCGAGCAGGGUGACGGUAUUUCCAACAUGGUCAAGGUCUCGGAAGGUCUCCAGGCGAUCAAGGACGCGGGCUUCGAGCUCAUCCACAACGAGGACUUGGCGGACCGGCCUGACUCGGUCCCGUGGUACUACCCCCUGGCGGGCUCGUUCAAGCACAUGGGAUCGAUCUGGGACUUCUUCACGAUUGCACGCAUGACGUGGUGGGGCCGUGGCAUCGCUCACCGGUUUGUGGGUGCGUUGGAGAAGAUCGGCUUUGCGCCUGCUGGCUCGCAGAAGACGGCCGACAGUCUGGCUCUGGCGGGUGACUGCCUGGUUGCGGGUGGUGAGAAGAAGCUGUUUACGCCCAUGUACCUGAUGGUUGCUCGCAAGCCGGAGUAAUGGAUGACGUGUGUACAAAAUGUUCUGUUUUGCAUCCCACACCUACGGGUGGUCUAUGUGUUUAAUGGGUGGUUGUUUUCUUCUCGAGUGUUAUAUUAUUGCCGCCGUGGGAUGGUGUACGUAUCAUUGCGGUAUGUGUGACGAUGAUGUUAUUUAAUACGACUUGCCUUGGAAGAUUUAUCCACUAUUUGACCAG